AUGGUCAUGGUGAUUCUACUUCCAUAUUCCCUGCAAUACCUGUGUCUUGCACCCUCCUAUCAACAAUUUCCCCGCUUGUGCGCUACGCGAGAGGCCUUGCGCACCAAGGAGUGCUGCCCGCCUUGGGAUGGGGAUGGCUCGGCCUGCGGAGCCAGCUCCGGUCGGGGCUUCUGCCAGGAUGUGCAGGUGCCAGACUUUCCUGACGGGCCGCAGUAUCCCUUCUCUGGUUUGGACGACAGGGAAAGGUGGCCCUUGGUCUUUUAUAACCGGACCUGCCAGUGCGCAGGGAACUUCAUGGGCUUUAACUGCGCUGACUGCAAGUUUGGCUACUUUGGAGUGAACUGCAACGAGAGGAGAGAGUCUCUCAGGAGGAACAUAUUUCACCUGUCCAGAGCGGAGAGGCUCAGAUUCAUAUCUUAUCUAAACUUGGCCAAGCAUACAGUCAGCGCCGACUAUGUUGUGGCCACAGGGACAUACAGGGAGAUGGAGAACGGUUCCACUCCGUUGUUCGCCAACAUAUCUGUGUAUGAUGUGUUUGUGUGGAUGCAUUACUAUGUGUCCCGCAACGCGUUGUUAGGGGGGCCGGGGAAUGUGUGGACCGACGUGGACUUUGCCCACUGGGCGCCCGCGUUUCUCCCGUGGCACCGUGUGUACCUGCUGCACUGGGAGCACGAGAUUAGGAAGCUGACCGGAGACAUGAGCUUCAUCAUCCCCUACUGGGACUGGAGGGAUGCCAGUGGUUGCGAUGUUUGCACUGACGAGCUGAUGGGGGGCCGGAGCCCCCUCAGUCCUAACCUCCUCAGCCCAGGCUCGGUCUUCUCUUCUUGGAGGGUACUGUGCUCCCAAGCAGAGGAGUACAAUGAGCAAGGCGUGCUCUGCGAUGCCAGGGAGGAGGGCCCGUUGCUUCGUAACCCAGGAAACCACAAUCGUAACAUAGUGGAACGAUUACCAACCUCAGCAGAGGUGGAGUUUGCUCUCAGUCUACCCAACUACGACACAGGAGCCAUGGACCGCAGUGCCAACAUGAGCUUCAGGAACACCAUGGAAGGUUUUGGGGAUCCCCAGACUGGGUUGGGAAACAGUCCUCGCAUGGGCAUGCAUGCUGCUCUCCAUGUCUUCAUGAACGGAUCUAUGUCCUCUGUGCAGGGCUCUGCAAAUGACCCCAUAUUCCUUCUCCACCAUGCUUUCGUCGACAGCAUCUAUGAGCAGUGGCUAAGGAGGCAUCGUCCAUCUCUGUCCCAGUACCCACAAUCUAAUGCUCCUGUAGGACACAACAGCGAAUACCACAUGGUGCCCUUCCUGCCUCUCCACAGGAAUAGAGAAUACUUCAUUUCCAGCAAGGACCUGGGAUAUGAAUACUCAUAUCUGCUAGAUGCUGACCAGAGGCUGGUCGAGUCCAUGGGCCCCUACCUGGAGCAGCUGCAGGAAGUGUGGCCCUGGCUGUUACUUGCAGGGUUCCUGGGAGGAAUCGUUGCAGUAGCCAUGACAGUAAUUGUCCGGAGUGUAGCUCGGAAAUACGUUUGGAAGUGGAAAAGCUUGUUCGCCUCCCCAGAAAGACAGCCUCUACUCUUAAUAAGCACCACAGAAGACACAAAUCACCACAACUACCAAACUACCAUGUGAAGGCACAGCAACUCUUUAUUGACUGAGGAGACUGCGGAGCCGCAAUGCAUGACAGAUAACUGUUCAUAAAGGAUACUGUGUUACCUAUUUAAUC